GGGAGUGCUCCUAAUCUCAGCUUGUUACCUGUAUAAAAGACACCUGUCCACAAGCAAUCAAUCAAUCAGAUUCCAAACUCUCCACCAUGGCCAAGACCAAAGAGCUCUCCAAGGAUGUCAGGGAAAAGAUUGUAGAGCUGCACAAGGCUGGCAUGGGCUACAAGACCAUUGCCAAGCAGCUUGGUGAGAAGGUGACAACAGUUGGUGCGAUUAUUCGCAAAUGGAAGAAACACAAAAGAACUGCCAAUCUCCCUCGGCCUGGGGCUCCAUGCAAGAUCUCACCUCGUGGAGCUGCAGUGAUCAUGAGAACGGGCGCGAUGUCGGAUGAGGGGAAGCUGCUGCAGUGCUCGCUGUGCAAGUGGGUGCUCAUCAGCCACGCGGCGCUGCAGGACCACAUGAAGCAGCACGGGCGGCAGACCGAGGUGGAGUACUUCCAGUGCGGGUGGUGCUCCUACAGCACCUACUGCCGGCGCACGCUCAGCAACCACGAGAGGAUCCACACGGGCGAGAAGCCCUACAAGUGCGCUACGUGCGGCAAGGUUUUCGCGCACUUGGGCACCCUCAGAACGCACGAGAAGUCGCACACCUCCGAGAAGACCUACAAGUGCCCCGUGUGCACCAAGGUGUUCGCCACCCUGCAGAGUGUUCAGAGCCACCGGGCGGUGCACAACGGCAAGAAGCCGUUCGAGUGCGAUGCGUGUGGCAAGGUGUUCGCCAACCUGGGGUUCCUUGAGCGCCACGAGAUGACGCACGCCGACGAGCGGCCGUACAUGUGCACGGUGUGUGACAAGACGUUCACACAUGCCAAGGACCUGCGCAGCCACCAGAGGGUUCACCUUCGUAAGAAGAAAGGCUACAAGUGCAAGCAAUGCGAGAGGUCGUACACAAGGUUGAGCGCCCUCCGUACCCACGAGAAGACGCAUGCCAACGACGCGCCGCAUGCGUGCUCUGAGUGCGGCGAGGACUUAUUGGAGCUAGACAGCCUGCGUCAGCACGAGAGGUGUCACAAGGAACAGAAGCCACUGCUGUGUUCAGAGUGCGGCGAGGAGUUCACAGAGCUGGACAGCCUGCAUCAGCACGAGAUAUCCCACAAGGACCAGAAGCCACUGCUGUGUUCAGAGUGCGGCGAGGUGUUCACGGAGCUGGACAGCCUGCAUCAGCACGAGAUAUCCCACAAGGACCAGAAGCCACUGCUGUGUUCAGAGUGCGGCGAGGCGUUCACGGAGCUGGACAGCCUGCGUCAGCACGAGAGGUGUCACAAGGAGCGGAAGCCACUGCUGUGUUCAGAGUGCGGCGAGGUGUUCACGGAGCUGGACAGCCUGCGUCGGCACGAGAGGUCUCACAAGGAUCAGAAGGCAACGUCAUCAAACAUUAGGCAGGAGCAGGAGGACAGUGACACGGGUACAAACCCGCGUGGUCUGGAAAUUCGCUAGAUGUCCUCGCACUUGAUGUGAGACGAGGAGUGGGGAUUAUGGUCAAAUUAUAUAUAUCUCUAGAAUCACCAGAAGACACUCGUGGUGGAAUUAACUGAGUAGAGUUUCUCCAAACAUGGAUCUGUCAUUUACAGACGCGAUGUGUGUAGGCAGAAAACACAUUCGGAAUCAGAAUCUUUAUUUACGGACUGGACCUUGGCGAUGGACUCUGGCUAUUCGGACGUGGGACGUCAAUGUCACUGGGGAGGAUGGAGCCAGAGCUGUUGGAGGAGGUGGAAAUGUACUGACUAGAUAUUGUCGGCCUCACCUCCACACACAGCAUUGGCAAUGGAACCAAACUUGUCGAUCGGAGGUGGUCUCUCUCCUAUUCCGGAGUAUCCUCUGGUGGGAGGCCACGGGUGGGUGUGGGGGUACUCACAAGCACUCAGCUGGGUGCUGUUCAGUUGGAGUUUGUCUCAGUGGGUGAGAGGGUCACCUCAAUGAGACUUAGGAUCUCAGAUAGGAAAACUGACUGUCUGCUUGUGCACCAAAUAUUGGUUCAGAGUAUUCGGCCUUCUUGAAGAUGGUGGGUGCAGUGCUUGACAGAGUGUCGCCUACCGACUCCACAGUCUUACUGGGCCACCUCAAUGCCCACGUGGGAAACGAUGGGGAUACCUGGAGAGGCGUGAUUGGGAGAAUGGCUGCCCUGAUCUGAACCCAUACGGUGCGAUGUUGUUGGAAUUCUGCACUAGUCACUGAAUGUCAAUAACAAACACCAUGAGUAUGAGAAUAGGGUUUCUCCUUUUUCUGGCAACUGAACAGGUGUUAAGAUAUGAAUACACCAAACUGAAACCUUUUACAAGGAAACAAACACCAUGUUCGAACACAAGGAUGCUCAUGAGUGUAUUUGGUACCAGAUCAUCUUGGGCCGAAGGUCAAUGAUUGACUUUAUAGUUGUAUCAUCGGACCUAAGGCUGUAUGUUCUGGACACUCGGGUGAAGAGAGCGGCAGAUCUGUUAUCUGAUCACCACCUGGUGGUAAGUUGGAUUUGAUGCUUGGGGCACCGACCAGAUAGACGUGGAAGGCCCAAAUGAAUAGUUAGGGUCUUCUGAGAACAUCUUGCAGAAGACCCAGUGCAGAAAGAUUUCAACUUCCACCUCCGGGAAAAGUUAUCCUGCACUCCAGGGGAGGUCGUGGACAUUGAGUCCGUGUGGGCGAUGUUCAGGACCUCCAUUGUCGAUGGCCUGAAGGCAGUUGGUGCCUGUCAUGGCGGCAACCCUAGGACCCGCUGAUGGACAUCAAGUGAUGAGGGAAGCUGUCAGGUUGAAGAAAGAAGGAGGCUUUCCGAGCUAUUCUCGGAAAAAGGUCUCAUGACUUGAUUGAGAGGUACCGGAUUGCUAGGAGGGUGGCAGCUGCAGCAGUCACUGAAGCGAAAGCCCGGGCAUGGGAGGAGUUUGGAUAGGCCACGGAGAGAGAAUAUCGGACAGCCUCAAAGAUGUUCUGGCAAACUUCGAUGCCUUAGGAGGGGUCAACGGGAUGUGGCCCAGGCUGUUUUCAGUAAGGGUGGUGUGUCAUUGACCUCAACUAAGGAGAUAGUCGAGAGGUGGAAGGAACACUUUGCAGAGCUCCUCAACCCGGUGGACAUGACCUCCUUUCAGGAGGCAGCCUUUGAAAGAGCUGGGGGGGUCGGAUCCAUCGCGGCCACUGAAGUCGCCGUGACGGUCAAGGGCCUUUGUGGCGGCAAAGCUGCUGGGGUGGACGAGAUUCGCCCAGAGUUUUUGAAAGCGCUGGACAGUAUCGGAGUAUCGUGGUUAACACGACUCUUCAUAGAAGGCAGGUACCGUACCUCUGGACUGGCAAACUGGGGUUGUAGUUCCCAUUUUUUAAAGAAAGGACCAGAGGAUUUGCUCCAAUUACAAAGUUAUCACACUCAGCAUCCCAGGUAAAGCCUGUGCCAGAGUGCAGGAGAGGAGGCUCCGCCCGGUGGUCGAGCCGCAGGUUCAGGAGGAACAAUGCAGAUUCCGUCAUGGUCUUGGAAAAAUGGACCAGCUCUUUUUACCUCUCACAGAUAUUUGAGGGGUCAUGGGACUAUGCUCCUCCAGUCUCCCUCUGCUUUUUAGACUUGGAGAAGGCAUAUCACCGUGUUCCCCGCAAUGCCUUGGGAGGUGCUGCGAGAGAAUGAUGUACCGGUGCCGCUUUUGUGCGCUAUCCAGUCCCUCUAUUCCCGGAGUGAGAGCUGCGUUCGUAUUCUUGCUGUUAAAUCAAAGUCCUUCACUGUUGGUGUUGGACUCUGCCAAGGGUGUGUCUUGUCUCCUGUUUGUGAUUUUCAUGGACAGGAUAUCAAGGCGCAGCCGAGGUAUGGAGAGUAUCCAGUAUGGGGGCAUGGAGGUGGCGUUGCUGCUUUUUGCAGAUGAAGUUGUCCUAUUUGCCUCGUCAGUCCGUGAUCUCCAGUGUGCACUUGAACGGUUUGAUGCCGAACAUGAAGCGGCUGGGAUAAGGAUCAGCACCUCCAAAUCUGAGGUCAUUGUUCACUCCCGGGAGACAGUGGAUUUGUUCUCUCCAGGUGAGGGGGGAACAGCUGCCCUUCAUGCAGAAGUUUAAGUACCUCGGGGUCUCUUUCAUGAGUGAUGGUAAGUGGGAGCGGGAGAUCGGCCGGUGGAUCGGUAAGGCAUCUGCAGUGUUGUGGCCACUGUAGUAGUGAAGCAGGAGCUGAGUUCUCGAACAAAGCUCUCGGUUUACAGGUCGAUCUACAUUCCCACCCUCACCUAUGGUCAUGAGCUUUGGGUAAUGACCGAGAGGAUGAGAUCACUGGUACAAGGGGCCGAAAUGACGUUUCUCCGCAGGGUUGCCGGCCUCGCUCUCCGUGAUCAGGUGAGGAGCUCAGUAAUCUGGGAGAGCCUCAGAGUUGAGCCGCUGAUCCUCCGGAUCAAGAGGAGCCAGUUGAGGUGGUUCAGGCACCUUCAGUUUCAUUUAUUUGGUAUAGCCCGGCUCUUGAAUCGGGUGCAACCGCAACAAACAAAAAACUAAAACAUGAACAAGAAAACACCUUAAAGUG